GUGUGAGAGUGUGUAGUAGAUGGAUCACCUCACCCACAUCACUGGAAACACUGCAGCAUCCUCGCGAUUAUUCUCGCACAAAUCGACGGCAGGGCUGACAGAUCUGUCCGUAUUUCUCUCCGAGUCCGUCUCGGUGGAUUCGUGUCGGUGUAGCGGAUCGCGGCUGCUCGGUAAGAUGCUGCAGCUCUGGCUGUCGUUGGCGUGAACUGUCUCGUCUCACCGCGGAGGCCAGAGCUCCGCCCCCUCGCGCACACUCGCUGUCGCCAUGACGACCUCGGCCCUGCGGCGGCAGGUGAAGAACCUCGUGCACAACUACUCGGACGCGGAGAUCAAGGUGCGCGAGGCGACCUCUAACGACCCCUGGGGCCCGUCCAGCUCGCUGAUGUCGGAGAUCGCCGAGCUGACCUUCAGCGUGGUGGCCUUCAGCGAGGUCAUGGCCAUGGUGUGGAAGCGCCUCAACGACCACGGCAAGAACUGGAGACACGUCUACAAGGCGCUGACGCUGCUAGACUAUCUGGCUAAGACGGGCUCGGAGCGCGUGGCCCAGCAGUGCCGCGAGAACGCCUUCACCAUCCAGACUCUGCGGGACUUCCAGUACGUGGACCGGGACGGGCGCGACCAGGGCGUGAACGUGCGUGAGAAAGCCAAGCAGCUGGUGGCUCUGCUGCGGGACGAGGAGCGUCUGAGGCAGGAGCGGGCGCAGGCACUCAAGACCAAAGAGAGGAUGGCGAGCGGCGUUCCUCCGGCGUACCCCAGCAGACGCAGCAGUCAGCCCAGCAUGAACGCUCUGUACGGAGAAGAGUUCAGCCGCUCCAGAGGAUCGCCGUCAUCCUUCAACUCGUCCUCCUCGUCUCCCCGAGCAUCUGAUCUGGAGCAAACUCGACCGCAGACGAGCGGAGAAGAAGAGCUACAGCUGCAGCUCGCGCUGGCCAUGAGCAGAGAGGAGCAGCGCGGCCAUCAGGGGGACGACGCUCAUCUGCAGAAGGUUCUGGAGGAGAGUAAGGGCGAGCGAGACCCGCGGCCUUCAGAGUCAGCCAAGAUCGAUCUGGUGGAUAUAUUUGGUCCCGCGGACCCCUGGGACGCCCCGCCCACCUGCCCCGUGAACUCUGACCCCUGGGAGUCUGUCGCUGUAGUUAAGUCUAGUAACCCAGGGGCUGAUAGUCCCUGGACUGCCCGCCCUUCCUCCAGUAGCCCCGCCCACCCGUGGGGAACCCACCAAUCACGUCCUGAACCCUGGGAUGCCCCGCCUUCAAACUCCAUCUCUAAUAUGGAUGAAGAAGCCUGGAGGAGCCCAGCACGACCAGUGUCGAGUGUGAAGGACCCGUUUAGUAUUCCCGAGGAGGAGGGGCUUAUGGUAGAAGGGGAGGGGCCUAUAGUGGAGCAGGCGGGGCCAAACCAAGUGUUCAGUCCUCGCUGUGAGAGUCCUGCAGAUGCCGAUCAGUUCGGUGAGUUGGUGGCUGGUGUUCAAGUGAACGGACGGGGAAAUGACAGUCCAGAGACCUUUGACCUCUUUCGCCUCGGGCCCCCUCUGGACGUGGUGACCCCCAGACAGUGCCGGACCCCCAAGGCAUUCCUCGGCCCCACCGCUGCCUCCCUCGUCAACCUGGACACACUUAUUCCCAGCAAUGCGCCGGUCAAGAACAAAAACCCCUUCCUGUCAGGUUUGAGCACACCGUCUCCCACAAACCCCUUUCACUGUGAGCAGCCCAGACUGACUCUGAAUCAGAUGCGUCCUCACUCCACGUCGCCGCUGCCGGCUCAUGCUCUGUCCUACAGCGCCUCCCUCCCGCUGCCAGUCCUGCAGCAGAGGCCCCAGACUCUGCCCUCUUCCUACACGCAGCCGCACCACGGCCUGCUGGACAUACCCGGCAACCUGCCGCAGCCGCUGCUGCCCCUCACAGCCUCCACCCAACAAACACAACACCCCGGCCAAAGCCACAACCCCUUCCUCUGAGGAACCGCAUUUACAUGUGGGAAACGGAUACUGAAACCAGAUUACGGCGAUUCGGUUUCAGUGUGAAUGGACUGAAGAGCUGAUCUAAAGCCUAAAGAUGGGAA